AAAAAAUCAAUCCAUGCAGAGCAAACUAAAGAAGGCGAUUGGAGCGGUGAAAGAUCAGACGAGCAUUCGCUUGGCAAAGGUCUCAUCCAACACCACAUCAAGCCUUGAGGUUGCGGUUCUUAAAGCCACCACCCACGACCAUGAAGACCCCAUGGACGAGCACUACGUCGAGGAAAUCCUCACCCUCGUCUCCUCCGAUAAGUCCCACGCCGCCGCAUGUGCUCGCGCCAUUGGCAAACGCAUCGGCCGAACACGCAAUUGGGUUGUUGCCAUCAAAUCCCUUUUGCUUAUUCUUCGAAUUUUCCAAGACGGGGACCCUUACUUCCCCAGGGAAGUCAUCCAUUGCAUGAAACGCGGAGAAAAAAUCCUCAACUUAUCGAGUUUUCGAGACAAUUCUAGCUCGUCUAGCCCAUGGGAUUACACCGCAUUUGUUAGGACGUUUGCUCUCUACUUGGAUGAACGUUUGGAUUGUUUCCUCACCGGAAAACUCCAACGCCGUCGGACCCAGAGCUCUAUCCAUACCGAUCAUUCCCGUCCCCGGAGGAGCCAGAGUGUUAGGGUUAACGAGCCGGUUGUAGAGAUGAAACCCGCAAUGUUACUCGAUAAGAUAUCGUAUUGGCAAGGAUUGAUGGACCGAGCUGUUUCCACUAGACCGACCGGAGCUGCGAAAACGAAUAAACUCAUACACGUUACUCUUCACGCCGUGGUUCAUGAGAGUUUCGAUUUGUACAAAGACAUCUCCGACGGGCUUGCCCUCUUGCUCGAUAGUUUUUUCCAUCUUCCAUACAAUUCAUGCGUUAGCGCAUUCCAAGCCUGUGUCAAGGCCACGAAGCAAUUCGACGAGCUAAUCGUUUUCUACGAGAUAUGCAAGAACAUAGGAGUCGGUCGGCCAUCGGAGUACCCACCGGUACAGAAGAUAUCAGAAGAAUUAUUAGAAACGUUAAAGGAAUUCCUCAAGGACAAGUCAUCUUUCCCAACUACUCGAGUCUCACCGACAAAACAGAGACCAAGUUCAGCCGCGGUUUCAAGGCGGCGCCAUAACAGCUGUUUAUCGGAACUGUCGGAGGAGACCGCCACCACCACGAAUACAUCUCCGGACCAACAAUCUAGGAUUACAUCACGAUGCACGUCGCUUGAGGAUCUAUUUAGUGCAAUGGACACGUCGGGGAAGGGAAAACGUUCGAUCUCGAUUGAUCUAGAGGCGUAUUCGAUUACAGAUAUUCACGAAUUCGAAAAACAGUGUCAGCGAGAUAGCACUUGUAGUGGUAACGACGACGCAUGUUCGGCUAAAUCAUUGCCUAUCACGAGCUCGAUCGAUCUUUUUGACGAUUGGCCUGGUAAAGACGAUGAAAAUACAGAACUAGAGACGAAAACAAAGCAAUGUAAUAAUGGGUUGGAUGAUUUAAUAACCCCAAAAGCAAGCCACCCUGAGGGAUGGGAAAUGGUCCUGACCGAGACCGUGACUCCAUCGCCAAAACUAGGUCCGGUCCAAGGCCAACAUUACAAUCCAUUUUUACAUGAACCAAGUUUUGAAGCGGCUGGAGAAAUCUCGGUUCCUACUUUUCAAGCAGUGCCAACAUUUUGGGCUGCAAAUCCAAGCAAUGAGACCGACCCUUUCGCAACAUUCCCGCCCGUUGGUUCUAGUGAUCAAGGCCUUGAUUGGGCGCAAAAUUCACCAAAGUUGUUGCAAGAACAACAAUUGUGGCUGCAGCAACAGGAUAAGAUUAUAGCUAAACGCAUAUCUUAG